AUGCCUGCUGAUUGCACCACCUGGUCGUCACAACAAUCUGCGGCCUUUGUUGAUGCUGCGCUGCAACAGAUCAAGGAGGAGAUCACCCUGGGCCUUCACCAGGCCAGCACACAUGGCAUCAUCCACAACGUCCUGAUGCGCUCACAGGCUGGACAUCAGUCAACUGCGGAUGCCUUAAAUGCCCUCCUCUAUCAGGCCCUGCAGCGAGCACAGGAGCAGCAAGUCAUCAGAGGGGUGACGCAUGACGCUGUGUGUGCCACCUCGCAGUAUGAGCCACAUACCAGUGAUGUCGGCGCCACACCAGCCAUCUACGCUGAAGAACUGUCCCACACACCAGCAGAGGUAACGCAUCAAGGUGGCACUUAUGGUGGAAAAAAGACAUCAGUGCAGCUAGUGAGAGAGGCAUGUUGGAAUUUCACGUGUGGAAAUCAGUGCACCUCAGUCAUCGUGCGGGCAGCAGCCAUCUAUCACUGUACCGUCGGGAGCCCCUGCCCGCAAUGGUCUACUCUCUCCAUGCUCUGCACAAUACAGCGGGGAACUUACGCACGGACAAUUGUGUCCAAUGGAGCUAGGCAGAUUACACUCUGCAUGGGCACCAUUCACCAACCGUGCACCGCCUUGAACACAAAGGCGCUGGCUCAGGCACCUCUCAAGCCACUACCCAGUUCAAUGUAUUUUGCCUGCCAUAUGUCGAUCCUCCUCUCAGAUCCUGGAAACACCCGAGGCUUGGCACUGCCGCAGGACUGGAUAGUCAACGACGAGGAAAUCAUCCCAGCAUAUGAUGGAGUUCACGCAGACCAAGACCGACGGCAGCUUGAUACACAACGCUGUCCCAUUCUACUCACCGGCACGGGUGCCAGGUACUCCCUACCAAGGCUGGUCUGCCCAGCUGACCAACAGGAGAUGCCUGCCCAGACCGGGACGGAACAUGUUCAGGCAUUACUGGAAGCCCUGAUCGCCGAUGACAGGCCAAAGAUCCUCCUAUGCAUCUCCUACUUUCUCGGGCAAGAAAGUGUGCAGAGUGUUCAGAAUAGGCUGGAGACACUAACGCUGAAGGACUUGGAGCCGCAUGCCAUAGCAAGGCUCGCAGCAGGUUGGAAGGUGAUGGAAAAACAUCAGCAACUUUGCCUGGCCUUCUGCUUGGACGAUACCGAGCAAGCGACAACACCGUCAGGAAGUAUCCGGACAGGCGCGCACGGGGAGGCAAUUGUCAAGCUGAGCUAA